UGCACAAUACAGCACAACAGCACCUCGCUCAGCAUGACGACCAUGGCAAGGAGGGUUGUUGCAUGGUACAUGCACAACUUGCGAACCAGGCCAAUUCGAACCAACAUGGGCACCAGCGCCGUCCUUAUGGCCAUUGGAGACACCAUCGCCCAGCAACGCCUGGAAGACAGCUUGCCGAAAGGUCACGUGCGCCACACCAUCAUCCCUAAGAACCCGCUGUUUCCACAGGGCCUGCAUCUUGACCUCGCGCGCACGAGUGUGAUGACAACCUGGUCUGCGUUGAUGGGGAUUUUCUGGACCAUCUGGUUCCGGCGCAUGGAUCUGCUGUUCGCUGCUGCGCCCCACCGCCUCCUCGGUGUGGCUGGCAAGGUGGCCACAACGGCGGUGUUUGCACAGCCCUUAACCAACACGACGUUUUUGUCUGGCGUUACGGCCAUCGAGGAGGUCCUCAUCUUGGGAACGACAGACUUGGGCAAAGUUGCCGAGGCGGCAAAGGAAAAGCUGCGAGCAGAGCUGUGGAACACGCUGCGCUCCAGUUGGAUGUUCUGGUCACCAUGCAAUGUUAUGACAUGGACCUUUUUUCCUGCGCACACGCGUGUUGCGUUUGGCGGCGUUGUGUCGAUGGUGUGGAACGUGUACUUGAGCUUCGUUGAACACCGGGCGCAGGGCGAGACGUUGCUCAGUGCCCUUGAAAUUGGCGACGAGCAUGUGGACAACAGUAACAGUGGCACAGACACUGGCGCCAGUGGUGGUGGUGGUGGUGGUGGUGGUGGUGGUCGUGUUGCUUAGUUUUGUUAUCAGCCCCUCUCUGCUUUCCCGCUUGGCUUGUCGUCGUGUCUGCGUCGCUCCUGCAUCGUAGGCCGUCUGUUAUUACCUGUGUCUGCCCGUGUCUUUCUUUGCACCCGUGCUUGCUUGCUUUGGCUUUCUCACUCGUGACUAUCGUAGGCUCUUUUCAUUCAGAAUCACAUGUAAACGCAAUCAACAAGCGA